GGAGUCCGGAGACCCUACUGCGCCUGGACUCCAGGAGUCGAGGGCGAGCCCGCGGCCCCCAGCAGAUGUGUGACCGCGGCCGCGUGGCCUCCAACCUGCGCUACUGCAUGAUGGUCGGCGGCACCAUGGUUCUGGUGGUCGGGACACUCUGCUUCGCUUGGUGGAGUGAAGGGGAUGAAGGAGCCCACCCUGGCCAGCUGGCCUCACCCACAGGGCACCCUGAGCCGGAGGCCACCAGCCCCCUGCUGAAGUCCGUCAGCUUCUUCUGCUGUGGGGCAGGAGGCCUGCUGCUGCUCCUUGGCCUGCUGUGGUCGGCCAAGGCCAGCCCUCAGGGGCCGCCCCAGUGGGACCCAUACCACCUCUCCAGAGACCUGCACUACCUCACAGUGGACACCUGGGAGGAGAGCUGCAGGACACCCAAGAUGACUACCAUCCCCACUUAUGAGGAGGCUAUGGCUGAGGCAGCCCCGACGCCACCUGCGUACCCCACAGACGAAGACCUGAAGUACAGUGCCCCCGGGGAUGCCCUACUUGGUACCCAGCCCCCCUGGCCUCCGCCCAGCUACGAGAGCACCGUCCUUGCCCGGGACGCCAUCCCUGCAGAGAAUGCCCGGGGCUGAGUCCUCCCACCCAGGCCUGCUCCAUCGGACUGCCGGGAGGAAGUUAACAGCCCUGAUCCAGAGAACAGAAAGGCAGGAGCCUCUCCUAGGGGCGAGUUCCGUGCCUAGAACAUAGCAAACACUCCAUAAAUGCCGGUGGGACAAAUGCUGUGCUAUUUUUCUAUUAACAUGUAACAAACCACCCCAAAACUGAGCGGCCUAAAAUAACUCCCAUCUCAUGCUUCUAUGGGCUGCCUGGGCUCAGCUGGGUGGUUCUUCUGCCUCCCGCGAUGCCUGGUGGCUGCAGUCAGCAGGGUGCUCGAUGUCCAGGAUGGCACACUCCGAUGGCUGGCAGUCAGUGCUGUGAGUCGGGAGGCUGUUGGGGUAAA